GAGACAUAUUCAACUUUCUGAGAGCACCGAGAGAGUAACACACAGAGAGAAAACGACACAAAACUCAAAGAAAAUGUACUCACGAUCAAACAGCAUGACCCUGACUGUACAGCAGGAGAGAUAUGGCUUCUCCAGGAUGGCGACCCGCAGCACGGAGCCCGAGGUCUUCACCUUCGAGCGGAUACCGACUCAGGCCACCGCCGUGCGCUCCUGCGUGCCGAUCCGACCGAAGAAGCGCUGCACCCGGGUGAUGUAUCCCGCUAAAGUCCGCAUGCACCUUCCACCACAGGAGAAAUCCCAGGCCAAGCGCUGGCUGGUCAUCCUGUGUCUUGUGGUGCUGUGGCAGAUCUACACCGAGGAGCCCUGCGCCGACACGCCGCUGGGCAGCUCGGACAGCUCUGUCAGCGACUACCAGGGGUUCAGCGCCAGCUCAGAGCUCAUGUCAUCCACACCGAGCAGCUGUGAGGACGACGGCUCAUUCAGCGAGCAGAUCAUCCCGAACACAUGCCCCAAGCCCGGCCAGGAGACGGAGAGCAGCCAGUUCGAGCAGAGCGCCGGGAAGAGCUACGUGGUGGCUCUGCUGGUCUACCACAGACUGGGCAGCGACAACUAAACCUCCCUGGACUGGGUUACCUGUAAACCACCACCUGUGUGUGGAAAUAAAACACAGCAGGAGUUGAUCCUGAGCAGCUACCUCGACACCCAGCUCCAUGCGCCGGCUUCUCCCUGCCAGCAGUCCCCCUGAGAGAGGAGGAGGAGGACACAAGUCUGGAAAAGAAACACUUGGAAGAAAGAAUGAACUGUGAACCCUGACAACAAACUUGAACUUAAAAAAAACUUGAACUUAAGUGUGUGAUUUACACACGGACUUUACUGCACUCUAACUUUAUGUUUUACAUUCUAAUUAUUGUCAUGAAAAACCAGCUGAAACUGACACUGUCUUGUCUAAAUGUCUUAUUUAGUUAUUUAUAUAUUUGCUAUUUAUUGAUUGAUAAUUUAAAUAAAAAAAUGUCGAAAAUAA